AAUAAAACAUAUACAUUACCAAAAAUUAGCAAAAACACGAAAGGAAUAAGAAAAAACGUCUAGAUACAUCCUCCCUUCACGUCUUACCAGCAUCUACCCCGUUCUAUGAACCCAAUCUCUCUCGUCUCAUCCCCAUUUCCCUUUUUCCAUUUUCUAUAAACCAAACCCUUUCUUCACUCUUCUCUCAAUUCUCACUUUCUUAGGGUUUCGAUUCUGCUAUUUUAAUUUAAUUUAAUUUAAUUUCCCAUGGGAAUUUCAUCAUUUCUAUCUUCAAUCCCUUUUUCCAAUUCAUCUUCCAUUUCCUUAAAUCUUAUCAAUUGUUGUUGUUAUUGUUCUUGUUGUAGUAGUUGUUGAUUUUGGUUUGGCUGUUUAAUUUGAUUGUUUGAUUGAUUUUUCUGGGAAUUGUUGUAUUGUUUACAAAUUGUGCUUGAUUAUGGAUUUGUCUCACUCUCAAUCGAAUCUCUCUCUCGGGUUUCACUCCCAUUCGUCUGUUCCUGCUUCGACAACGACUGCGAAUUCGAAUAAUUCGAACCCUAAUCGAGUUUCAAUCAACGACGAUUCCAUUUCGUUUCAGAUUGAUUCGAGGUUGCGCGAGUCGUCGAUUCCAAUUUCAUCGAUUCCUCUGCAAUUGCUGGAAUCUCAAACACCGCAGAAUUGCAGGAAGAUCGAGAAUGGGUUUUCUGAGGAGAGAGAGAGAAUCGCUGUUUUAGAGCCUAAAAAAGAUGUGGAGGAUACUGAGGAGAGAGAGGAAGAAAAUCGUGGCGAAGACGAUGAAGAGGUGGAGGAGUUUCGCAUUCUAGGGCACUCUAUGUGCUUGAAACGUCGCCGUGAUAGGGAGGAUUCUGUGUCUUCGUCGUCUACAGCUUCGGCUAAACGGGUUUUCUUCGAUUCGAGUAUGGAGGCGCGCAAGGGUGCAGUCAGGGCAUGGGGGAACCAGCCGUUGCGAUCGGCUGAUCCCGAGAUUUUCGAUAUUAUGGAUAAAGAGAAGUUGAGGCAAUGCAAAGGAAUCGAAUUGAUUGCUUCGGAGAAUUUCGUUUGUAGAGCUGUGAUGGAGGCAUUAGGAAGCUCUUUAACAAAUAAGUAUUCGGAAGGAAUGCCUGGGCAGAGAUACUAUGGUGGAAAUCAGUACAUUGAUGAGAUUGAACUUCUCUGUUGUGACCGAGCAUUGGCGGCUUUCGAUCUUAGUUCAGAGAAUUGGGGUGUUAAUGUGCAGCCAUAUUCGUGUACUUCAGCGAAUUUCGCAGUUUACACCGGGAUUUUGUUGCCCGGGGAUCGAAUUAUGGGAUUGGACACCCUUUCAGGAGGAAAUACUAGUCAUGGUUGUUAUACACCCAAUGGCAGGAAGGUUUCUGGGGCCUCAAUUUUCUUUGAAAGCUUGCCUUACAAGGUCAAUCCCCUUACUGGGUAUGUUGAUUAUGAUAAGCUCGAGGAAAGGGCGCUCGAUUUUCGUCCCAAGAUACUGAUUUGUGGUGGUAGUUCUUAUCCUCGUGAGUGGGAUUAUGCUAGGUUGAGGCAGGUUGCUGAUAAGUGUGGUGCUAUUUUGAUGUGUGACAUGGCUCAAAUUAGUGGUCUUAUUGCAGCUAAGGAAUGUGUCAGUCCUUUUGAAUAUUGUGAUAUUGUUACCUCCACAACUCAUAAGAGUUUGCGAGGUCCUAGAGGAGGUAUAAUAUUUUUUAGGAAGGGCAAAAAACAAAGGAACAGAAGCUUGAUGAAUCCGUCUGAAGACAGUGAGCAGUAUGAUUUUGAAGAUAAGAUAAAUUUUGCUGUCUUCCCUGUUUUACAAGGUGGCCCGCACAACAACCACAUAGCUGCUCUUGCUAUAGCUUUGAAACAGGUUGUUACCCCUGAGUAUAAAGCAUACAUGCAACAAGUUAGGAAAAAUGCUCAGGCAUUGGCAUCGGCAUUAUUGCGAAGAAAAUGUCGGCUAAUAACUGGCGGCACAGACAAUCACUUGCUCCUGUGGGAUCUAAGGCCCCUUGGAUUGACAGGUAAGAAUUUCGAGAAGGUAUGUGAAAUGUGUCGUAUUACUCUGAACAAAGUUGCUUUGUUUGGUGACAACGGUACCAUAACACCUGGUGGUGUGAGGAUUGGUACACCUGCAAUGACAACAAGGGGUUGUUUGGAAUCUGAUUUUGAGGUGAUUGCUGACUUUCUUAUCCGAGCUGCUCAAAUCACAUGUUUAGUGCGAAGAGAACAUGGGAAGGCACAGAAAUGCUUCUUAAAGGGUUUGCGAAGUAAUAAAGACGUUAUUGACUUGCGAACCCGUGUAGAAACUUUUGCUUCGCAAUUUGCAAUGCCAGGUUUUGAUGUAUAGUUGCAGCAGCAGGGAUGGUGGAAGGAUGUCAUUUGCAUCAGCCAUGAUUUAUCUCUAGAAUCACUACAAGUCAUCAUUUGCAUAGUUUGCCCUUCUUUUUUUACCCUUAUUACCUCAAUCUUUCUCCUGGCAUCUUUUCUCAUGCCAAACUCACAAAGUGGAUGGUUUACUCAUGCUCCUGAUUCUGGACAACGUUGCUGUUGAUCUCGGUUGGCACUUAAUGAAUUGUUCGUUCAGUCAUGGUCAUACAAGUUACCCCUGAUUUUUCUUACCCUUCUUGGUCGUCAUUCUUUUUGGGCUACUUGCAAUAUUUCCUGCCUUCUCUGAAGUUGGACUUUUUAAGUACUUUACCUCGCAGGUCUAUGAAUGAACAAGGAGCUUUGCUUCUUUUUCUGGAAUACUUUAUUGUGUUUGACCAUGUUAUUUAUGUACAGUCAAGAUUAGCUUAUCUAUAUACUACUAGUAUUUGAUACAGUAAUGGAAUUGGUAAUUUGAGGUUUGAAUGCCCUGAAUUUUGUUUUAUUAUACAAUUUGUAUAAUCAGAAAGAAUGUAGACACUGUUUUUUAA